AUGGCGCUCUCAAAAUUAACCAUUUCCAUAUAUUUUCUGUCCGUCGUCCUUUUUGUGCAAAUGGGCGCUGGAGAUGACCCUCUCCAGCGUCUUGGAAUUGAUUGCAGAAAAUCAAACUACUUCCCCGCCGGCGCUGGGAGUAGAUACCACAAGAACUUGAACAUUCUCUUGAGUCGUCUUCAGAGUAGAACCCCUGAAACAGGGUUCGCUCUUGAAUACGUGGGCAAUCCAAAAAGUGACCACAGGGUAUACGGCCGAGCAUUCUGUCGACGUGAUAUUUCGAGUGUAGAUUGCAGAGCCUGCAUUGGCGCUGCAAUUGCAUGGAUUUUCGAAAAAUGUCCAUUAAAGAAGCGCGCAGUUGCCCUGUAUGAAUGUUGCUGCGUUCUGAUUUACACGCACAAAAAUAUUUUCCACAAAAUCGGCGACACCACCUACUACAUUUACAGAACUCAAAAUGUAACCAGCCCGGCAUCAGUAGAAACUAUAACUGAGUUUCUGGAUCAUCUGACAGUAGAGGCUAUUGCAACCAAAACUUACUUUGCUAAAGGAGAAGUUAAGCUUGCAAAAUCAGAAAGUACACUCUAUGGACUGGUUCAGUGUGCCUCGGAUAUUUCUCCAGCUGAUUGCAAGACUUGCAUGGGUGAGUUGAUGGCCCGGAUUCCUGACUAUACUGGGAAAGGAGGUCAAUUCCUCAGUGCUACUUGCACCUUGCAGUACGAGUUCUAUAGGUUCUUCAAUGCUUAA